CGGGUCGGUAGCAAACGGGCAGGCAAGGUACAAGGAGCAGGCGGAAGAGUAGUCAGGAAUAGCCGAGGUCGGUACAGGCAGAGUUCGUGCAGAGUCAGGAUUCAAGCAGGCAGGAUCAGGAUACAGGGGCCAAGGGAAACUAUACACCAAGGCACUGACUGCAGGCCUGGCCACUCCUUAAAUACACCUACUGCACUCAGCCUCAGGUGAUGACUUGAUUGCAGGAGUGAGCUUCUGGCUGCUGAGAGCACCCGCUGGCCAGCCCUGGUACUGCAGCCCACACGGCAGGUGAGUCCCACCACCAGUGUUGAGUCCAUUCCUGACACUUCAGCCCAAUCCACCCACUGCCAUGCUACGUCAUGGCAAUAUUCAGUCCAAACCAUCCACAGCUUCC